CACGUCAAAUUGAUCCCCGCACGCUGCAGCCUCCCGGUCAGACGAAUUUCUCCUAAUCGGAUGAAGUUCACUCUGGGCCUGAGGUCGCGGGCGUGGAGAGUGUCCUGGGAGCGGGCGGUGGCGACGGCCGCGGCGGGCCCUGGGGCUGUCGGCAGCUCGCUCGGCGGCGGCGUACGGCGCGUUUCCAGUCCGCGGCCCGGCCGCCGUGGCUCUCGGCUUGCGCGCGCCCUCCCUCUAUGCCUCUCCCGCAGCGGCGGCGCCCGAGCUCUCCCGGACUGCGCCGGGCCCAGCCCCGGCCGCCUCGGCGCCAGGCAGCUGGCCGGCCCGCGCGCUAUGGAGCAGACUUACGGCGAGGUGAACCAGCUGGGCGGCGUGUUCGUUAACGGCCGCCCCCUACCCAACGCCAUCCGCUUGCGCAUCGUGGAGCUGGCACAGCUGGGCAUCCGACCCUGUGACAUCAGCCGGCAGCUCCGCGUAUCCCACGGCUGCGUGAGCAAGAUCCUGGCGCGCUACAACGAGACGGGCUCCAUCCUGCCGGGGGCUAUCGGGGGCAGCAAACCCCGCGUCACUACCCCCAACGUGGUCAAACACAUCCGGGACUACAAACAGGGUGACCCUGGCAUCUUCGCCUGGGAGAUCCGCGACCGGCUGCUGGCCGACGGCGUCUGCGACAAGUACAACGUGCCUUCCGUGAGCUCCAUCAGCCGCAUUCUGCGCAAUAAGAUUGGCAGCCUGGCACAGACUGGGCCCUAUGAGGCAAGCAAGCAGCCGCCGCCCCAGCCGGCGCUGCCCUACAAUCACAUCUACCAGUACCCCUACCCCAGCCCGGUGUCGCCCACGGGCGCCAAGAUGGGCAGUCACCACGGGGUCCCGGGAACAGCAGGCCACGUCAGCAUCCCCCGUUCUUGGCCCUCGGCGCACUCUGUCAGCAACAUCCUGGGCAUCCGUACGUUUAUGGAGCAAACAGGGGCCCUGGCUGCGGGUGAGGGCGCCGCCUACUCCCCCAAGAUGGAAGACUGGCCCAACGUGAACCGCGCGGCCUUCCCACCUACCCCCGCCAUGAAUGGUCUCGAGAAACCUGCCUUGGAGGCGGACAUUAAAUAUACUCAGUCAGCCUCCAGCCUCUCCGCAGUGGGCGGCUUCCUCCCGGCCUGCACCUACCCGGCCUCCAACCAGCAUAGCGUGUACAGCGCGCCAGCUGGUGGCUACCUCACCCCAGGCCCACAAUGGCCGCCAGCACAGGGCCCCUCGCUGGCACCACCCGGGGCCAGCGUCACCGUGCACGGUGGGGAACUCGCUGCAGCGUUGACCUUCAAGCAUUCCAGCCGAGAAGGUGAGGGCCGCCCAGCCCCGGCGGCAAGGCCCCGGACGGCCUCAGUAGCUUACACGGACUGCCCAUCCCGGCCUCGACCUCCUAGGGGCAGUGCUGCCCGGAGCCCGAGCGCGAGCGCGAGCCCGGAGGCGGCGGCGCACCGGGUGGACCCGGGCGCGCAGCUCGGCCUGCAGCCCGGCGCGCGGACCCGAGGACUCGCCGAGGAGGUGCCCCGAGCUGCUGGCCCUGCCGUCCUGGCCCGCGGCAACACUUUAUUUACUGGCCAGGGAUUUUAGGCUUUUCUGAACUUUGUCUUUAGACUGUUGCGCCUUCGUCGCUAUCCUUGCUCCGACGUGGCCCUGCUCUCCCUGCCGGCGGGAAGCGUCUGCUCCCGCUUUUCCAGGGUUGUUUGGCAUCCUUCGCCCUCCCUGCCAUUCUCGCUUUCUUUUCCGCCCUCCCUCGCGUAACUUCUUGCUUUCCCAUCGCCGUCCUGCCUCCACUGUCCUCUUUCCUUCCUGACUUUCCCCUUCCCUUUGUCCUCUUAAUUUUUCGCUGUUGGGCCCUGGUCCCCUUUCUGCCCUAUCUGCUGUGCUCCCUUCCUGUGCCUCAACCCUGACCACCCACCGUCUCUCUUUCUCCCCUUUUAGAGGCAGUGACUCUAUUUCUCUUCAUUCCUACUGCUUCCCUGACACCCGUCACCUUCCAGGAGAACCCCAGGCCAGUCACCGAAAGCUGGGACUCUAGCUUCCACUUCUCCCAUCCUCCCUCCCAUCAGCUCUAACGGAGGGAUCUUGAACCUAGGAAGUGGAAUGAGAGGUCACAGCAUUUGUUUUAUAUUUUGAUAACGAUGAACCUGAACAAACCCCAAUGAACUGUCCUCUCCCCCGUCUUCCUCCUCUGGAUAUUGUCUUGAAAUCUGUAUUUUCUCAGUGCUCAGUGGGUGAGCUUCUCUUUGCUUCCUUUGAGAUAAUGUCACCCCAAAGAAGACGGGGUAGUAGUAGGGGGCAUUGGGACCACUGGUAUUUUUGCUAGUUUGAAAACCACUGCCCUGGAGGUGCCCCUUCCCAGCCUUCCACACCUACCAGAAAGGAAUAUGACACAUUGUAAAUGAAUCAGCACUGUUUCUGGUAUUCAGGGCUUAGUACAUUUGUUAAUGUAAACCACAAAUUGCUUCCGGGUGGGUACAAAGGUGCAAUCUGGCUUCUGGUUUGCAAGGGGUGGGGGUCAGAAAAACCCAUAAAGUGUCUUCUAGAGCAGGAUGCAGGAUCAAAGAGCUGUUAAGUGCUUCCAAGUUCAGGUGCACUGGUGGUGGGACUAUGGACAUAAAACUGCAAUUUUUGUAGUCAUAAAAAUGUUACUGGUGUCUGACAUUGUCUGUUAAAUGUGGCUGCCUUUGAAUAAAGGAAAGCAUCUGAAAAACACUUUGUAAGGUGAGCAAGUCUGUCCCAGUCUGGAGUGUUGUGUAGGCGUGCCUCAGCUAGCC